AUGCAGAAGCAUCUGUAUACAUUACCAAAUAAAAGACCCCAGCCAUAUUUUCUCUGUCUGCAUGAGAAAGCUAAUCGACAGGUCCUUAUACUCGCCGACAGUCACGGUCGUCAAAUUGCAGAAAGAGUGUCAAGCCUUUUACCAAGCUACAAUGUCAUGGGUUUCGUGAAACCAGGAGCUUGUUUUUCGGAAGUAACAAAACCAAUUGAAAACUCUUGUAAAAACUUUGGACCAUCAGACUACGUGGUAAUUUUUGGAGGUGCGAACGAUGUUGCAACGGAUCAAGCCAACGAAAUAAAAAUAGCUCUUAAAUGUGUACUGAAGCAGACAACCCACACGAAUAUGUUAGUUAUUAACCAACCACAGAGGCAUGACCUACCUUCCUGGUCAUGUGUGAAUCAAUUAGUGAUUAAGAUAAACUCUGACAUAAAGGAUGUUUGUGGAAAAUUUGAGCAUGCAAAUGUAAUAGAUGUAAGCACUCUUGAAAAAUCCAUGCACACCAGACACGGACUUCAUCUAAAUUAUGCUGGUAAACAAUACCUAACAGAGAAAAUAUAUAAUUUUGUAAAGCAUUACACUAGAAAACUUACCAGUACGUUGGAUAAUUGGCUCAUAACAGGCAAUGAAAGCUCAAAAAAUAAAGCAGAACAUGUUAAAGGGGUCCAAAUUGACUCACAAGGAAGGAUGAAACCCAAGGAAAGAACGAAUAACACAAAAAUGGGCCAAAACACAUUAGAUAAAUGGUUGGGAAGAAACACACUCCAAGGGACAGACAAAUAUACCACAAUUGGUAAGUUCAAGACGACAACCUGCAAAGCAGCAAAAGAAAGUCCAAUAGUAGGAGUUAAACAAGUAAUACUUGGUUUAAUCAACAUUUCAAUUAGGCACGAAAUACAGCAGCAUAAGAUGGAGUCGAAUAGUAACAAGCAAGACGAAAACAUUACAAGGUCAGACCCAGAAUUAGGGACCAUAGAUACUGUUGUAGGGUUGGAAAAUACUAUAGAUGAAUCCACACCCACAAAACAGGAGGAACGGGAAGUGAAACCAAAGGUAGUGAAAAGUGAACCCAAUGUAUCUGUGGAUGCAAGUCACAAGGGAGAGGAUAUGGAAUUAACAAGUUUGUUAAAUAGUAUGAUGGCGCAAAUUCGAGAAGGGAAUGCUAGUUUGAAAGCAGAAAUGGCUAGUCAUAUAUCCCAACUGGAUGAAAACCUAUCUGGUAAAAUAAACGCCAAUUUAGAUAUUUUGAAUACGCAAAGCCAACGUAUCACAGAGGUAAACAAAUCAGUAAAUAGCAUUAGGGCUGAAAUAACAAAUGUUCAGAGAAAAGUCACAGAAAUAGAGAAAAGAUUUGAUACCGAAAUUCAGAAAAUAGAGAAAUCAGUGGAACCUUUGGUUAGUAAAAAAUUAGAACCGAUAAUUGAAAGUAAAUUACAGGUGAUAGUACCAGUGGUAAAGAAAGAGAUUGUUAAAGAAACGGCAGCUGAUAUUGAAACACUGCGCAAUGAGAUAAAAUUGUUAAGUCGGCAAGUUCAGAAUCAGACGUUUCUUAACUGUAGUGGUAUCCCAUUGUAUAAUGCAGGGAUACAAACAGAGGAGAGAGAGCAGGGAGGAAUUAUUAAGGGAAAUGAAGUAGGAAAAGAAUAUCGGUCGGAUGUGAAGGCUCACGUGAAUGAAAUAAGUACAAUUCGAGGUCAGAGUGACGAAUUGAUGAUGGAAGAGUCAGAGAAGGCGUUGUUUGUCGGUAGGGAUGGCAACUGUGCAGAGAGGCAGGGGCAAGGUAGGAGUGAUGUGACUUAUGGUAAAAGGUUCGUACGAAUAGUCGACGAAUCGCAUCGAGAAGUAAUUAAAGAGGAAAGGGUGAAUAAGAAAAAGGGGCAUAGUGCAGAGACGCAUGCCGAUUCAGAAAUUACCUCGUAUGCAGAAUAUGUACAUCAGCUCAAAAGCCAGCCAGCACAAUUAGAAAGAUCUUCCACUCAAGUGAUUAAUUUGGACCCGAAUAUGACAGUGUUAGAGAGCCAUACCGAUUAUGAUGUGUACCUAGUGACAGCAAGAGUACAUGACUGUGAUGAAGAUUCUUUUAAAGAAAUUAGAGAAAGUGUAUCUAACCAAGAGAAAGAGUGUUGUGAUCCCUGUAGUACUGAAGCAUAUGAGUUGAGUGAGACUGGAAUUCCAUUAGUAGGGGAAAAUAAUGAAAGUAAGAGUGGCGAAUGCACUAUCCAACAAAGGGAAAGUAGAGAAAUGGAUUAUAAUUUGCGAGAAUUAUUUGAAUCCGAAGAAGGUAAUAUUUCUAAGGAGGAGGAAUUAUCGUCAGAAUCAUCAGAAAGCAUCCAGGGAGAAAAAGAAGUAGAGGAAGUUUCCGAUUCCGCAACCGAGAGUUCAGGCAUGACAGAUUCGAAUGAGAACGAGAUGGCAUUAAAGAGCCUAGACGAAGGACUAUUGGAAAAAGUGGUGAAAGAAUUUAGGAUGAAAAGGAGAAAGAAACCUCCAGAUGGAAUGGUCAACAAAUAUACCACAAUUGGUAAGUUCAAGACGACAACCUGCAAAGCAGCAAAAGAAAGUCCAAUAGUAGGAGUUAAACAAGUAAUACUUGGUUUAAUCAACAUUUCAAUUAGGCACGAAAUACAGCAGCAUAAGAUGGAGUCGAAUAGUAACAAGCAAGACGAAAACAUUACAAGGUCAGACCCAGAAUUAGGGACCAUAGAUACUGUUGUAGGGUUGGAAAAUACUAUAGAUGAAUCCACACCCACAAAACAGGAGGAACGGGAAGUGAAACCAAAGGUAGUGAAAAGUGAACCCAAUGUAUCUGUGGAUGCAAGUCACAAGGGAGAGGAUAUGGAAUUAACAAGUUUGUUAAAUAGUAUGAUGGCGCAAAUUCGAGAAGGGAAUGCUAGUUUGAAAGCAGAAAUGGCUAGUCAUAUAUCCCAACUGGAUGAAAACCUAUCUGGUAAAAUAAACGCCAAUUUAGAUAUUUUGAAUACGCAAAGCCAACGUAUCACAGAGGUAAACAAAUCAGUAAAUAGCAUUAGGGCUGAAAUAACAAAUGUUCAGAGAAAAGUCACAGAAAUAGAGAAAAGAUUUGAUACCGAAAUUCAGAAAAUAGAGAAAUCAGUGGAACCUUUGGUUAGUAAAAAAUUAGAACCGAUAAUUGAAAGUAAAUUACAGGUGAUAGUACCAGUGGUAAAGAAAGAGAUUGUUAAAGAAACGGCAGCUGAUAUUGAAACACUGCGCAAUGAGAUAAAAUUGUUAAGUCGGCAAGUUCAGAAUCAGACGUUUCUUAACUGUAGUGGUAUCCCAUUGGUCAAGGGCCUAACGCGCGCGGAAAGAAAGAAAUGGCCCAAAUAUAGGGAAGAUCGGAGUAGUCAGUACUAUAGUAGGAUAGUGCGUCGUUCGCCUGAAGAGCAGUUACAUAAACGAAACUUUGCGAAGUAUAAUGCAGGGAUACAAACAGAGGAGAGAGAGCAGGGAGGAAUUAUUAAGGGAAAUGAAGUAGGAAAAGAAUAUCGGUCGGAUGUGAAGGCUCACGUGAAUGAAAUAAGUACAAUUCGAGGUCAGAGUGACGAAUUGAUGAUGGAAGAGUCAGAGAAGGCGUUGUUUGUCGGUAGGGAUGGCAACUGUGCAGAGAGGCAGGGGCAAGGUAGGAGUGAUGUGACUUAUGGUAAAAGGUUCGUACGAAUAGUCGACGAAUCGCAUCGAGAAGUAAUUAAAGAGGAAAGGGUGAAUAAGAAAAAGGGGCAUAGUGCAGAGACGCAUGCCGAUUCAGAAAUUACCUCGUAUGCAGAAUAUGUACAUCAGCUCAAAAGCCAGCCAGCACAAUUAGAAAGAUCUUCCACUCAAGUGAUUAAUUUGGACCCGAAUAUGACAGUGUUAGAGAGCCAUACCGAUUAUGAUGUGUACCUAGUGACAGCAAGAGUACAUGACUGUGAUGAAGAUUCUUUUAAAGAAAUUAGAGAAAGUGUAUCUAACCAAGAGAAAGAGUGUUGUGAUCCCUGUAGUACUGAAGCAUAUGAGUUGAGUGAGACUGGAAUUCCAUUAGUAGGGGAAAAUAAUGAAAGUAAGAGUGGCGAAUGCACUAUCCAACAAAGGGAAAGUAGAGAAAUGGAUUAUAAUUUGCGAGAAUUAUUUGAAUCCGAAGAAGGUAAUAUUUCUAAGGAGGAGGAAUUAUCGUCAGAAUCAUCAGAAAGCAUCCAGGGAGAAAAAGAAGUAGAGGAAGUUUCCGAUUCCGCAACCGAGAGUUCAGGCAUGACAGAUUCGAAUGAGAACGAGAUGGCAUUAAAGAGCCUAGACGAAGGACUAUUGGAAAAAGUGGUGAAAGAAUUUAGGAUGAAAAGGAGAAAGAAACCUCCAGAUGGAAUGUUAAUAGAAUUAGUUCGUUCACACUCAGAGCUGUACAACAUGAUCAAUCGUAGAUACAAUGAUUCCCUUAGGAAAGAAUCACUGUGGAAGGAAAUUAGAUUAGAGGUAAAUGAGGCCCUGAAUCCAAAUGAGGAACAAAACAAGGAUAUGUCUUCAUCACCUAUUCUGGGCAGUGAAAUUGACAGGAUAAGAACCAGUAUAAAAACAUUGUUCCCAAUGCGACAGAUAAAAGCUAAAGAUGAAAUUUAUGGAAUAGUGUCUGCCCUAGAAAGGGAGCACGUACUGGAAAGUAUAAAUGGUAAUUCACCUUGCACAGUGUUGUUUGUUACAACCUGUAAUGUUGAUUGUAUGUAUAAAUUGAAUUAA